AAUAGCUCAGCUAAUCGCAUCAAUCAUGGCGCUGUGCGCGCUUCGAGUUUCUGUGAAGUUUGGCAAGGACUGCAAAGACCUGGAGUUCCAGACUGCAGAUGUCAAACUGGGAGAGCUGCGACAAGCCAUUGAGCAGCAGAUGUCUGUUCCGAAGGCGAAGCAGUCGAUGAUCUGUGCCGGCCGACGCUGGCAAGGUCUGGCCUUUGAUGAUGGGCUGCUCGUGACAGAGGCGGCAGGUGCUAAGGGCAUGAAGGAGGUGGACGGGGUAAAGGUCAUCCAUUUAAUGCUCAUGGCUCCUGCUGGAAUCGACGGCACAGAAGAGGUCUCACGCCUCGAAGCCCAAAUUUUGGAGGCGCGUGAAAUCGUUGAUACCUUGCCAAAAGCAACGGCAGAAGAGACCCAGAAGGCAGCUCUCUUGGCCCACGAUCUGAUCACAAAAGCCUCCACAGGCUUGGAUAACUUGGACUUGGUGGGUGCUCAGCGCGAGCGCCGACGAGACCUGCUGGCGCAGAUAGAGGCGCUGGAAAGAAACUUGGAGGUGAAAAAGACCUCCAGUCUAUAGCGCUGAAAAA